AUGGAAGGCGUUGAUUUCGAGCUACUUCUGGGGAACGGUAGCGCGCAACUGGUAGAUCUGAAUCUUCCUGUCUUCAGCGAGUCUCUCAUCAUCUGUAGUAACUUGAAAGGGCGUCAUGAUGAAUUCAACCCCGGAGAUGAGUUUGGCGAAAGCCCUGCGGCAACUAGGGCAACAACCCUCUGGUUUCGGUUGGCUCUUAUCGAGUCGGAAAGAAUUUGCAAGACGUGCCGGCCCGAGUUUGAGUCUCGGAAACGAACAGGCAUCUCUCUGGAUUGCAAGUUUGCAGCGCGGACUGAUCAAGACUGGAUCUACUGUUAUGCUUGUGAAGUUGAGUAUCCAACCCUCUGUUUCUCAAGUGAAGAGAUCCCAAAGCAAUCGGAUCGGGUUUACAUCGCCAGGACGGGCUAUGUUCGUAUAUGUGCCCAUGAAGUACUGACCUGGGACGAAAUGAAGGCCGGUCUAGGUGAUACAAACGACUUUUGGACGGAGUUUACAAAAACAUGCAAGCAUUCAAGCCACAAGAUCCAUCAAGUCUAUCCCAAGGAGGAUCUAAGUCUACCAACCGCGUUGGCCGAAAGAACCAGAGACUAUUACUAUCUGACUUUAUCGGCUGGAAUCCACACAAAGAGCUAUGAUGAAGCAUAUCACCAGGACGACCGAAUAACUAUAUUGAAUAUCGCAACCACCUGUUACCACUCGAUAUGA